AUGAGAGAGAGAGACAAGAAAUUGAGAUGUUUGAAGAGUCAUUGUAACACCAAGGCUGUUUUCAGCAUGCGUGACUUUUGGGAGAUCAUUUCGGAUGAGCAUGGCAUCUCUCCUAUUGGAGAGUACCAGGGGGAUUCCGACCUCCAGCUGGAACGAAUAAAUGUGUACUACAACGAGGCACAAGGUGGACGAUAUGUUCCCAGAGUCAUGCUGGUUCUAAGGAAAGAAGCCGAGGAUUGUGAUUUACUGCAAGGGUUUCAACUGACGCAUUCUCUUGGAGGAGGAACUGGAAGUGGAAUGGGGACACUUUUGAUAUCAAAAAUGCGUGAGGAUUAUCCUGACAGGAAGUGA